AUGGCUUCCUCUACCCAAAAACCCUCUUCUUCUUCUACCCCAAUCCGUAAAUAUAACUUCGAUGUGUUCUUGAGUUUUAGAGGUGAAGACACCCGCUACAAUUUUACGGAUCAGUUAUACGAAAAUUUGCUUCGGUCGAGGAUUAAAACUUUCAGAGACGAUGAACUUGAGAGAGGAGAGGAGAUCAAACCAGAAAUUUUGAAAACUAUUGAAGAAUCAAGAAUUUCCAUAGUUGUGCUCUCAAAAAACUAUGCGCAUUCCAAGUGUUGUUUGGAUGAGUUAGCGAAGAUCAUGGAGUGCAGCGAAAAAAUGGAACAAAAAGUCUUGUCGGUGUUCUACCACUUGGAUCGUUCUGACGUGCGAGAGCAAACAGAGAGCUUCGAAGAGGCAUUUUCCAUUCAUGAAAGAAAUGUAGAAGCGAAAAAGGUGCAAAGGUGGAGGGAUGCCUUGACUAAAGCAACCAAUAUAUCUGUUUUCUAUGUGCCGAAGAAGUGGUAA